UCGGUCUCCAGGCCUCCGUUAGGUUCCUCCUCCACCUCCCUCGAAACCGACUACAACGACAACCUCUACCCUCCUCCCUCCGCCACCUCCUCCUCCUCUUCCUCCUCCUCCUCUCCGUCCCUCCUUCCUAACGGCCUCCCUCUUCCACCUUCCUCCUCCUCUUCCUCCGGCUUCAGGACGGCCCCCUGGACGAUGUCCACCAUGACGGUCCCGCUCAGCCAGUCUCUGGAUGCCAGCAUGACCUCUGACCUCCAGAGGCGAGCCGGCAGAGCUCGCUGUCACCCGUCUCCUCACCCCAGGAAGCACUCUCUGGAUUUCCACCUGCGGCCCGUGGCGAUACCUCUCAGCGACGAUGUGCUCUUCGCCGUGCAUCCACAUCCUCACUCCUUCACCACCAGCGGUUACCAGAUCCCUCGCCCGGCGUCCACCGCGCAACCACGACCCCCUCGCCGCCCGUCCUCCACCCCCAGCGUGGACUCUCUAACCCAGGCGGAGCUCCACGCCUCCACCCCGACUCCUCCUCCGCGCCCGCCCAAGCCCCAGACCGCCGCGGCUCAGGGGGAGAGCUGCGCCGUGGGGCCCACCACGCUCCCCCGGUCUACGUCAGAGCCGGAGAGGAGGGACGCCAGUGUGGAGGGAAGUCUGCCGAGGAGCAACACCAUCACCACGCCGGGACGCACUCAGACAGGUUGCGACUCUUUCUACGUCCCGCGGUCUCUGUCGGACAGAGCGAGCAUGUUUGAGUUCAGCGAGAGCUUCAACAGUUACUUCAUUAAUAAAGGCAUGGUACCUCUGGGAAGUGUUUGCUCUGAAGACGACGACGUGGAUGAAAACUACGUUCCCAUGAGCGCCGCCACCACUGAGCCUCCGGUUGCACCGAGGGUGCCUCCACAUCCUCCCUCGGACCCGUCCGUCCAGCCCCAGGACGCCAACUACGUCCCCAUGACCCCCCUCACCCCGUCUCUUCCCGUUCAUCCCUCUCCUGCCGCGGCGGACCUGGCGUCCCUGGGGAGGCAGGUCCCACCGCCCGCCCACAUGGGUUUUCGUAGCUCCUCCCUGACUCCGGUCGCCCCCCUCACCCCGCCGCUGCGCAGGAGCACCAUGACCGCUGCUGGUGGAGCGGAGGUGGACGCCAUGCCGCCUCCGAUCCACCGCAACCUGAAACCACAACGCAGAGGUGAGGAGGAGCUUAAAGAGCAGGGACGCUAA